AUGUAUAGUGAUAUAGGUACAAACUUUGUGGGUGCAGCCAGAGAACUGAAAGAACUUAGAGAUGUAUUGCUACAGGGUAAUGACCAAAUCAAGUCCUACUGUGAAGAGCGUCACAUCAAUUGGCAGUUCAACCCUCCAUCAGCUCCGAAUUUUGGUGGUUCCUGGGAAGCCGCAAUAAAAUCAAUGAAACAUCACCUCAAACGAGUAAUCGGAGAUCGUCCCUUAACAUAUGAAGAAUAUUCAACUCUAUUAGCGAAAAUAGAAGCUAUCAUGAAUUCCCGUCCUUUGUGUCCAGUGUCAUCCAGCCCUUCCGAUGGGUUUGAUUAUUUGACUCCAGGACAUUUUCUUGUGGGUGCUCCUCUACUCUUAAGUCGCCCUGAAGAGGAUCUGUCAAAUCAACCCAUAAACUUUCUGGUUACAGAAAUAUAA